AGCGGCCGGGCCGGCGCUUGCGUCCCGCGGGCAUCCCGGCUCCCGGCUCCUGCCUCCCGGCCGCCGCCGCCAUGGAUUACCGAGCGCUGGUGAUGAGCCAGGUCGUGCCCGGGCAGUUCGAUGAUGCGGACUGCUCGGACAGUGAAUCUGCGGAAGACACAGAGACAUGUAAAGAGGGUGAGGUCCCUGAGAGCUGCCAGCUAUGCACGUGUGAAGAAGUUAACGCUGAGGAAGGAGAUGGUGAUGAUGACAACGAUGAUGAAGAGGAAGAUGAAGACUGGGACUGGGAUGAUGAGGUGGGAAGACUCACAAAGCGCCACAAUGCUGCUGGUGGAUGCAAUCCGCAGGCAAAUAGACAGACCCCUAAUUGCUCUUCAGCAAAACUGUCAACCCCUGCAGGCAGUUUAAGAAAAUUUGAACACGUGUUGGACCCAAGGACCCGAAUCAUUCUGUUCAAGAUGCUCUCUAGAGGUAUCAUAUCAGAAAUCAAUGGCUGCAUCAGCACAGGGAAAGAAGCAAAUGUAUAUCAUGCCAGUACUGCAAAUGGAGAGAGCAGAGCAAUAAAGAUUUACAAAACCUCUAUUCUCAUGUUUAAAGAUCGGGAUAAGUAUGUGAGUGGUGAAUUCAGAUUUCGUCAUGGAUACUGCAAAGGCAACCCAAGAAAAAUGGUGAAGACGUGGGCUGAAAAAGAAAUGAGGAAUUUAAUAAGGUUGAAUACAGCUUAGAUACCUUGCCCAGAGCCAAUUAUGCUAAGGAGUCAUGUGCUUGUCAUGGGCUUUAUUGGUAAAGGUGAUAGGCCUGCUCCUCUGCUGAAGAAUGCUCAGUUGUCUGACUCCAAAGUCCGGGAGCUGUACCUACAGAUCAUCCAGUAUAUGAGAAGAAUGUACCAAGAUGCCAGACUUGUUCACGCAGAUCUCAGUGAAUUUAAUAUGCUGUACCACGGAGGGGAUGUGUACAUCAUUGACGUGUCUCAGUCCGUGGAGCACGACCACCCGCAUGCGCUGGAGUUCCUGCGCAAGGAUUGUGCCAACGUUAACGACUUUUUCCAGAAGCACAAUGUUGCAGUGAUGACAGUAAGGGAGCUGUUUGAAUUUAUUACCGAUCCUUCUAUCACAAGUGAGAACAUUGAUGACUACCUGUCUAAGGCAAUGGAAAUAGCAUCGAAAAGAACAGAGGAGGAAAGAUCCAGUCAAGAUAAAGUGGAUGAGGAAGUAUUUAAGAAGGCCUACAUACCUCGAACUCUGACUGAAGUUAAAAAUUAUGAGAGGGAUGUGGACAUAAUGAUGAAGUUGAAAGAAGAGGAUAUGGCAUUGAAUAUUCAGCAAGAUAAUAUUCUCUACCAGACUGUGACAGGACUGAAGAAGGAUUUGUCCGGUGUUCAGAAGAUUCCUGCACUUCUUGAAGAGGCAGACAAUUCAGAAACAGACUCUGAUGAUGAUUAUGAUGAUGAUGGUGGCAUCUCAGAGGACUCUGAUUCAGGCUGUAAAGAAUAUGUACAUCCCAAAGAUAAACCUGCUGAAGUUUGCAUGGACAAAAAGGAAAGGAAAAAGAUGGUUAAAGAAGCCCAAAGAGAAAAGAGAAAAACCAAAAUCCCAAAGCAUGUGAAGAAGAGGAAAGAAAAGACUGCAAAAAUGAAGAAAGGCAAAUAAAAUCAGCUUUGGCUCAGAGAAAGGGAUGAUGUGUUGUGGAUUAGUCAGACCAUCAUUUUUUCUUUAUUAAAAAAAUUAAAGAUCCUUUAUUUAUAUACUUACACAGUAUAAACUGUGAGGGUGGUUUUGUUAAUAACAUGGUAUAAUUGUUUGAACAGAGUGUGUCACAUGUU